CUCCAGGUUUCAACGCUUUCGUUAGAAGUGAGAAACGUUUAGUUUGCCGCAAACGCGUAUCUAGAGAAAAUGCACCCAUCGCAAAAGUGUUCACCUUGCUGAUAUUAAAACACACUUCAAAUAAUGUUGAGUGGUGCGGGAUUUAUUCUAUCCUCAGCAGGAAUUUUGAAAGUAAUCUCAUUGCUAUGCCUCAUAAUAGGAGGAUUGAUCUUUGUCACUUCAGGAGACUGCAAUGAGUCACGAUUCUGGGCUGUGACCUACAUCGUUACUACAACUGUAAGUGCGGUUUUAGCGAUGCUGUCAUACACAAUAUAUGCGCUUGAUUUGAUAAAGUCAACAACGGCGCUCAAGAUACAACAUAUAGCAGAGAUAACGGUGGCAUAUAUCGUUUUUACACUGCUGUUGAUCGUUUCCAUUAUCAUGAUGACACAAUGCACCAGCAAAAAGUACGCCCUAGACUACAUUCCAGAGCCCCUCACGAUGAUAGGGGCAGUCCUGAUGGCAAUCGGUGGAACGCUUCUCUUUCUUGACUGGCGCUCAAAGGAACGUAUCGAUGAUAUUCAAAUGAAUAUACCACGCUUAUCGGAACCGCACCGCACCAAUCCACAUCUCUCGCGGAAAUCAAUACUAGUUUAGUAUUAGUAACAUAUCUACGUGUUAUCGCCAGUUUAUUAAACGUUAUCAAAAAAACAUCAUUCAUAA